GACUGCGGCUCAAAGCUGUCGGAGGACAUGGAUUCCACAAAGUCUGGUAGGGUAAUAGCAUACAUCAGCUCUUCGAGCUCGGCCUCCAGUCCAGAGUCAUUCCACAGUGACUCCUCCAACAGCAGCUAUCAGUCCUGCUCUUCACCCAGCCGCCAGCAGGCCGAGGCCCUUCCUGUGGCCCCUCAGUCCCGCCCACCCAGGCAUGGUGGAGGGAAGUCACGAUCACCCUCCACUGCCAAAAGUGGCAUUACAAAUAUUAACGGUCUGGUGCUCCUUUGUAAAGUGUGUGGAGAUAUGGCGUCGGGAUUUCAUUACGGCGUUCACGCCUGUGAGGGAUGUAAGGGUUUCUUCAGGAGAAGCAUUCAGCAGAACAUUCAGUAUAAGAAGUGCCUUAAGAAUGAGAGCUGCCCCAUCAUGCGCAUCAACAGGAACCGAUGCCAGCAGUGCCGUUUUAAGAAGUGUCUGCUUGUGGGCAUGUCCAGAGAUGCUGUGCGUUUCGGCCGCAUUCCCAAACGAGAGAAACAGCGCAUGCUGCUGGAGAUGCAGAAUGCCAUGAACAACAUGAUGAACAACAGCCAUGGCAACCAGCCCCUGCCACUAAGCAACAAGAAUGAAAGAGCAUCAGAGGACAGUGGCUCAGGCCACUCCUCACGCUCCUCCUCCACUGCCCCCAGGAGCAACCAAUCCGAGCCCAGCCAUGACCCCGAGCCAUUGGUUACCAUGGAUACAAGCCCAAACUCAGACUCCUCCAGUGCCAUGGACAGCAGGGAGGAAGAGGUCAUUGGUACAGUAACAAGGCCACACCAGGAUACGUUCAUGUACAAUCAGGAUCAGAGCAGCGUGCCUUCAGAGGCCCCGAACAACUACAGCCACUGCACAAAGGAAGCCUGGAACCAGCAGAUCAAUGCAUCCUCAGUGACCAAUCACAACCCGCCAUUGAGUUGUGGUCCGCAGGGGCCUGAAGUGUCCAGCCGAGACUUCAAUACUCAGAGCAGCUGCCCCAUCAAACCACAUAACAGCAGCUCUGAAGAGGCAUCUCUGCAAAACUUCUCCUUUAGAGCUCAAAAUAACAAUGAAUCACAUGUCAGUGGCAGCUAUAGUGUCCCGCCAUGUACUUGGGGGAACAGGAUGCACCUGGUGUGUCCCAUGAACACAUCACCCUACGUGGACCCUCAGAAGUUGGGUCACAGUAUCUGGGAGGAGUUCUCCAUGAGCUUCACCCCAGCAGUCAGGGAGGUGGUGGAGUUUGCCAAGCGCAUUCCAGGAUUCAAAGAUCUGUCCCAGCAUGACCAGGUCAGCCUGCUCAAGGCCGGGACUUUUGAGGUGCUAGUGGUGCGCUUUACGUCGCUAUUUGAUGUGAAGGAGCGCACCGUUACGUUUCUGAGUGGCAGGAAGUACAGUGUGGAUGUGCUGCGCUCAAUGGGUGCUGGUGACCUCCUCAACUCAAUGUUUGACUUCACUGAGAAGCUGCGAGCUCUGAACCUCAGUGAGGAGGAGAUGAGUCUCUUCACAGCCGUAGUGUUGGUGUCAGCAGAUCGUUCUGGUCUUGAGAACGUUAACUCGGUUGAGGCGCUUCAGGAGACUCUGAUCCGAGCUCUGCGCAGCUUGAUCACGAAGAACCAUCCCAACGAGAUCGCCAUCUUCACCAAACUGCUCCUUAAACUGCCUGACCUGCGCUCCCUCAACAACAUGCACUCGGAGCAGCUCCUGGCCUUCAAGGUCCACCCCUGACCACCCCUCGACACCCCCAAGAACUGUGGACCCUGUCCACCUCCUGAAGCUCCGGUCCUGUGGUCCACUCAGCCGAGGGUGAGCCUGUUCUCGACUCAAACCCCCUCGGCUGAGGUUUCUUCCCAUGACUACCUAAGGACUGCUGGGUUCAUAUGAAGUAAUUGUACUGUAAAACGAUAACGCCUCUGUUUAUGCUAAUGCUCACGACUCGCAGACACAAACUGGAACGGUUUCGUUGUAGAUGCUUGAAAGUGUUUGUAUGAUUACUGGGUUUGUGUAGACACAGAGGCACCUUGAAUUUGUUUUCAGAUUUGUACUGUCUGUGCAAUAAGUGAAGUGUUCACUGUUUUUGGAUAGUUCGUUUGUUGGUCGUUUAAACGUUUCAGAGAUUGGCUUUGUGCAGUGACUCUUUGGCACAGGAAGUAAACUUGUUUGAAAGUUAUGUUGUUAGCUUAAGACGAAAUGAAAAACUAGUACACAGAGCACAGUUUGAUGUCCUUUCCAGUUUGAAGAAAAGAACAUGCAACAACUAUGAAAAGAAAGAAUGUGGAACAAGCUGCUAAUCAGAGCGUUCCCGUGGAAAGACGCAAAUGUUUAAUGGAUAUAUAUAUUUUUUAUAGUUCGUCGUCUUAAAACCUCUAGUCAAGUGAAAAGGAAGCCACUCUCUCCUUGUGCCCGAAACAUACUCUACGCAAGAUUGUAAAUGUAGAUGCUUAACCAGAUAGAUUUUGUGCGCUGUUUUGUUGCAACAAAAGCACACGUUGCAUUCUUAGCACUGCCAGAAGAGGAGCUAUUAGAUUAAACUGCCUACAUCAGCCAGUUUUCUCUGUCCGGUUAACUGCUGUCAUAGUUGAGGAACAGUUUUAGAUAGUUCAGGUUAGUUAAAGUCGAUAUGUUUACCUGGCACAGACAUUUCAAGGUAACUCUUAUCCCCCCUUGAGAAUUGAUCUUUGUUGCCACCACGUUAUGUAUAUGCUUGCAAAAAACUGGCCGAGCAUUGAUGACCAUGCAUAAAGUAUGUCUCUGAUUGUAGAUCUGCAUGAUGGUGCAUCUGUGUGUAUCUUUUGAAUGGUUGGGCUUUUAGUAAUGACGCAAUAUAAGAUGAUGAUGAUGCAAAUCAACAAGAGGAGGAGGAGAACAAAUGUGUAAUAUCACUUUAGAAAUUGUGCAUGCUCCUCCUACCAGUACUGAUGUGACACAAAGCCAUCUGCAGUCUUGUAUGCAUAUAGCUGAGGCCACACCCUAACUGACACCUGACGAUUAGCUGAUAUUUCGCAGACCGGCCAGAUAUUAAUGUUUUUUUUUUGUGAAUGAUAGUUUGGGAGGACACACUCGCCUUCAUAUUUGUGUCAUUCUGUUUGUUUCUUCUUUUUUCAAAUGUUUUUUCAUUUCUUAGGAUAAGUCUGUAAAGUGAAAGUUCUUGUAGAAUUCUUGUUUUUCUGUGAUAAGCUGCAGUCUGUUCAGUAAAUGGUGUGUUUCCUCACCACACAUUCCUUCCCUGGACCACACAGGAAGAGGAAACAGGAAAUUACUUAAAGCCCCACUGAGCAGCACCAUUACUGAAGCAAUGCCUCUUAAAGAUACUCCUUGGGUGGUUAUGAAUCUCAAGGCCGCUGCAGAUGAAUAUAGUGAUGUACAAAAGGAUGGAAUGGAGUAUGUUGUGUUUGUGUUUCUGUCUCUCUCUCAGUGUUGAGCUUGCAGUUCACUUAGUGACAGCAUUGUAUUGUCAUAUUCCAGUCUGUUUUCUUCUGUGAAAGCACUGUAAAAUAGCUAUAUAUAUAUAUAUAUAUGAAUGAUAUAAUUAAAUACAUGUAAAAUAAACUGAUAAAUGCUGAUUCUUCUCUUGAUGUGUC